AUGGCAGCAGCCCCUCCACAGUUAAAGCAUGGUUCUAAAGGGAAUGAAAGGAACUCUGCACCCAUGGCUACCAACCACAGGAUUUUCGGAUCCAAGGAUUUAACUAGCACCUCUUUGUUUCUGAUGGGCUGUGGCGCCAGUGUGGACGGAGAUUCCGAUUCGCAGGCAUCCCUGGAAGAGUGGGAAAAAGUACAGCCACCUAUCCGGCGAUCUGCAACACCAGAAAUAUCAGAUGUCGACUCUGACGAUGGUAUGGGAUACCAUAAAAAUGACAAAGAUAUGCGAGCAUCUGGUUUUCAGCAGGGAGCAAGUAUUGCCAUUGUUGAUGAUAUUGCUUACCCAACAGCAGCUAGAGAAGUCAGUUCUAUGACAAAUGCGUCUGAAGAAGAAAGUUUGUUUCUUGACAAUGACUUUCCGCCAUCUGAAUCUACUUUAUACCACAGCAAAAGAACAAGAGAUCCUCAGAUAGUCUGGUUAAGACCCCACGAGCUAACUCUCAAACCUCAGCUGUUAGUUGAUGGCGUUAGCAGACACGAUAUUGUGCAAGGGAUCUUAGCAGACUGUUGGUUCCUAUCCUCGUGUGCUGCCGUUGCUCAAAGACCAGAUCUCAUGGAAAAAGUUAUACCGCCAAAUCAACCACUAAGCGGGGAAAAUUAUAAAGGCAUUGUUACAUUCCGCUUUUGGAGGUUUGGAAACUGGAUCACUGUUUAUGUGGAUGACCUGCUACCAACAAAGAAGAGAAAACUUAUCUUUUCAAGAAGUUCGGAACCAAGAGAAUUUUGGGUUUCUUUGCUGGAAAAAGCGUAUGCAAAAUUGCAUGGAUCGUACGAAGCUUUGGAAGGUGGACAAUCAAUGGAUGCAUUAGUGGAUUUGACAGGUGGCUUAGCAGAAAUGUACGUUCUGGAAACAGCUCCCCCACAUUUAUACCAUUACUUAUUGCAAGCUUCUUCAAAUGGCGCUUUCAUUACUUGCUCUAGAAAGGGUGACUGGACAGAGUCUAGAAAAGCAGAUGCGAAUGGACUGGUGUCUGGUCAUGCCUAUACCAUCAGCGCAGUGGCGACGGUGAAACUCAGUACCGGGUCUGAAGCUUGUUUAAUUCGAAUACGAAACCCGUGGGGAAACGACACAGAAUGGAAUGGCCAAUGGAAUGACAGUGAUAUGAACUGGCACAAUGUUGAUUCUAACACUAAACAAAGCAUUGAUUAUGCGAAGCGUGGUGACGGAGAAUUCUGGAUGAGUUAUCAUGACUUCUGUCGAGAAUUUGAAGAAGUUACGAUCUGCAGCCUUACGCCGGAUUUAGGAUAUUCCUCUUUUAAGCACACAACUGCGGAUGGUCCUCAACUUGCCACAUUCACAAAAUUUAUUUAUGGUCGUUGGGAAGAAGGAAAAUCUUGCGGAGGAUCACGGAACAAUUUAGUUUCCUUUGCCACUAAUCCUCAAUUUCUGCUCUCCUUAUCAGCAAAAAAUAAUCGAGUUCCAGAAAGAAAAUGCAAUGUUGUUAUCGCACUCAUGCAACUGAGGCGACGCUGUGUCCGCCAUCCGAAAAGGAAAAUGCUUCAAAUAGCAUUUGUUAUUUUUAGGGUAAAAGAACCGUCAAGAUUGAAUUUGGAGAAAUUUUUACACACUGAAGAAGUUGGGAACUCUGGGCCUUAUGUAAAUUAUAGAGAAGUUUUCGGAAGAUUUGAACUGCACCCGGGACAUUAUGUUGUUGUUCCUGCAACUUUUGAACCAAAUUCUCCUGGAUCUUUUUACAUCAGAAUAUACGCCGACGCACAAAUAAUUUUAAGGGAGGCUUAAAAGAGAAACGAAACACAGACAAACUCUUAUUUUAUAUGUAAAUAUGAAAUGGGCUAUUGGAUAUUUUUGCUUUUAACUUAUGUGAUAAUGUCAAAUUUGUAUGUUAAAAGAGGGAAGAGAAACGAGCAAAAUGUAAAAAUAACACACGAAUAUGUGUA